GCGUACAUCACUGUUGGUAAUUAGGAGCAGACGCCGGCAGUACGUGGAAACUAAGUGCUACGGACACAAGUCACAAGAGCAAGAUGAAGUCUGCAGCUUUAAUCUUGUUAUUCGUCUUCUGUUCUGUCGAAUGUCGGAAGAUAUUAACCAUAAACAAAAAUGCUAACAUCGACUUUAUUAACAUGGAGAGUGGGGGGAUGAGGGUGCAACCGGCCGUACAGCCCCCCGCGGCCAAACCGAGCCCAGCAACCGCGCCGGUAGUGCCUAAACCAGUCGCACCCGCACCCGCACCCGCUCCAGCUCCAGCACCCGCACCCAAGGCUCCAACCGUAGCGCCUAAGCCAGCUGCACCCCAGCCACCCUCCAAACCUGCUCAACUUGCGCCUCCGCCCGCUCAGAACAAGCCCGGCUUGGUCAUCCCACCCGGACCAGCCCAACCUGCCCCUACCCCUGGCCCCGGUAGUGUUCAAGCACUGAUCAACUACUACGACAGCCAAGGCAAGGCCAGUCCUAUCCGUCCUUACAGCUACAGCCAGGCAGUCAAGCAAGGGUAAACAACUCGCGUAGUACAAAGUGAUAAAUCGUGUCAUUGUGAUGUGAACAACGAAUUGUAUUGUUUGGAGAUUAAUGAACUUGUACCGUAUGAAUGUUAUUCUAAAAAUACUUAAAUACCGAGUAAAUAGUUGCGAGUUUCAAUCAACAACAUUAUUUAUUGUAAUUUUGAAGAAUUAAUAAAUGCAUUAAAAGUUA